GGUGCCUGCGCGGCGUGCGGCGCCUGCGCUAAGAUGGCGGACGAUAAGGACCCGCUGCCCAAGCUGAAGGACCUCGCUUUCCUGAAGGACCAGCUGGAGAGCCUGCAGCGCAGGGUGGAGAACGAGAAUGGCUCUCUGCUGGCAUCGCCCUUUCUCAAAGGCUUCCUGGCAGGCUACCUGGUAGCCAAACUUCGCUUCUCGGCCGUCCUGGGAUUCGUGGCUGGGACCUGCACAGGGAUAUAUGCUGCUCAGAACUAUGCUGUCCCCAACGUUGAAAAGACAGUCCGGGACUAUUUCAGUUCACUGAAAAAAGGUCGGGACUAGCACGGAGCCCUUCGCAGCGGUGACUGUAGGAAUGGUACUCCUUAGUUAGCAGGCAGAGAAGAUUCCUGGGGCUUUCAGAGGCACAUCACGUACACUGUUCUUUUCCACUGGAAAAGGGCUUUACACCACAUCAUCGUGAGCAUCAGCGGGUCUGGUUAUGGGGUAUUUAUUAGAGCAUCGUGACAGCGGUGAUUGCUCCACUAACUCACAGUAGCUUGGAUGCAUCGGUGGCCAGUGUUUUGCCAGCUGCCUUUUCCCCUCACCUUUCUCUGUGCCCCUGCAGACUGAAAGGCUGCCUGUGACAUGUCAUCACGCUCACCACCCCUACGCCCUUCCACUGAGUGCACGCUUUUCCCUAGGAACAUGCUUCCUGUGGCUUCCUGGGGAGGCUUGUAGUUCUCUUCCUAACAAAAGACAAAACGAUUCUCUCCCACUGCAUCAGAAAUGUAGCAGGUAACAUCCUGUUUUAAUCAGGCUCAUUAAAUUCAUGGUAUUUGGUCUCUUCUUGAAUGUUCUAGGGUGUGAGUCUGUCUGGCUUCUCUGCGCUGAUAGCAGCUCACCUUUGCUGGCUACCACCUGAAAAUGGUGCUGUUUGGUAAUGCUGCUGGCUCUGCAAACUGGGUGCUCCGGAGGGGGCUGUGGGGACUGAUGCUGGUGUUGUCUGUAGCCAUAUACGGCUCUCAUGCUCCCCUCCUGACCCUGUGCAAGGUAGAUGGGAUGAUCCCCUUCAGCUCCACGUCCGUCGUUGUUCUUGUUGAGCUGACAAAACUGGUGUUCUCCCUCCUGUUCCUGCUGACCUGGGACCGGGAGCUGCUGGGAGUUGCCGUGUCAUGGCGCCACGUUGUCCCCUUCGCCCUCUCUGCCUUGCUCUAUGCUGCCAACAACAACCUGGUGGUUCACAUGCAGCUCUUCAUGGAUCCCAGCACCUACCAGGUCUUGAGUAACUUAAAGAUCGUCAGCACCGCGCUCCUCUACAGCCUCUUCCUGCGCCAACAGCUCGCCAUGCGCAGAUGGCUGGCUCUCUUCCUGCUGGUGGCUGCUGGGGUGAGCUACAGCUGUGGCGGCCUGCGAGACCCUGGCAGCCCCUCUGAGAUGCAGCUGCACAUCACGCUGCUCGGCUUGUUGCUGAUCUCUGUGUACUGCCUGAUAUCGGGCUUGUCUGCUGUCUACACAGAAGCCAUCCUGAAAACCCAGGCGCUGCCUCUCAGCCUUCAGAACCUCUUCCUUUACUUCUUUGGGGUCCUGUUCAACUUGAUCGGCUACUUCUGGAGCGGCACAGAAGGCGGUUUCUUGGAGGGCUUCUCCUCCUGGGUGCUAGUGAUUGUGGUCAGCCAGGCCUUGAACGGCUUGAUCAUGUCUGUGGUCAUGAAGCACAGCAGUAACAUCACCAGGCUCUUCGUGAUCUCCUGCUCUAUCCUGGUCAAUGCCCUCCUGUCUGUCACCCUCUUCAACCUGCAGCUCACCCUCCUUUUCUUCGUUGCUGUCUCGUGCAUUGGCCUUGCUGUUCACUUGUACUAUGGGGUCAGAUAGCUGCUGCCUUCCUGUCCUGCACGCACCAGGGUGGUCUUUAGUCGUUCCUCAGGGGUGUUCAGCGCUUCUGCUGGGGCUGGUGUAAGAAGCAUAGCGGUGCUCUGCCCGUCGGCCUCCCCACCCAACUUUGCAGGGAGCCGCUCCUGCUGGGUGCGUACCAGGCUAGCAUGGAGGAGUGCUGGGGAGGGAGUGCCCCAUCCCUCUCUCCAGGGAGAGGUUGGGCCCUGCUCCAGCCCAGUGGGGCUCCGUGCCACGGGGUUCCUGUGUGAUCAGGCGGGCACAGCCUCGAGGGCGGGUCCUGGAUACCUCGUUCACGUGGCGUAUUGCAUUCUCAAGCUGCUUCCCCCAUCUUCCCCGCACCAAAGAGCGCACUUGUUUCUUGUGCCUGUUAAUGGUCCCGCAGUGGUUAUCUCUGCUGUGCUGUGGGCUCUGCGCACGGGCAGCCCUGCUGCACAAUCACUGCCAGGCCAGCGUUGGUCCGACGCUGUUUUGACUACUGUGGAUGGUGCUUCCCCGUGGCAGGGGGCCAUGUCCAUCCGACAUGCCCAGCCGAUCCCCAGCCCUUGGCUUCAGGGAAGCCUCGGCACUGUGGGAGGUGACCCCUGCUGGCCUGUGACCCCUCAGAGCCCCUGGUGAGGUGGGAAGAGGGUUUCUCCCUCCAGGUCUGGGGAAGGAGCUGAGUGUUGCUGCCUGGAGAGCCUCAUGCCAUGGCCAGAGGUGUUUUUCCCACCUCUUUCUGGUUUUUUGGCACACCCCUUGCCCCAGCCCCUGGCUGAAGGGCUGCUCUCUGUAGGCCCCACUCCCCAUGCAGAGCAGAUGGGAAAUAAGGGGUGCAGGAACUGUUUCACCUGCUCCCCAAAAGGGAGAGAGCACCUGAAUUUGUACCAAUGCUGUGGCUAGUGAGUUCCUGACAGGCAGAAGUCACCGCUGGCUCCAGCCAGGGUUAUUAAAGUUGUGGUUCAACA